AUUUCGAAACAUAUUUCAUUUAGUAAUAUGUCAUAAUGCAAUUAUAAUAUUAUGGCAACUCUAUUUUGGAGAGUAUUCAUUAUCUCUCCACGAUCAAGCAUAUUAUUUCUAUAGUGACAACUGACAGUUAUUCUGAUUUUUUAACAGAAUGUGAAAGUAAAUGACAGAUCUUCAAGUGAAAAUUAUUUAUGUUUUAUAAAAUACUAUGAAAAUAAUUGCUAAUAUUUAAUGAAAAAUUAAACCAACUUUUUAAUAAAUAAUUAGCAAAUAAAAUUGCAUAUAGAUUUCUAUUGUAAAUUUUGUGGAAAUAAGCUAUUGCAUGCUUUAUUUGCAUUCAUAUGAUACAUUAAAAAAAAAAACAGUGUUUGAAUGUGUAGAAAGAGAAGAAUGAAUAUGAAUUUCAUAUAACAACUUGGAAUAUUCUUACUUUCAUAAGGCUUUUGAUACGUUAAUACAUAACGUAUAUGGGAAAUGAAUAUAAAGUUAAAAAAUAAUUUUUAGCAAUAAUUAAGUUAUUCUGCUAUAGUAAUAAGCAAGUUUAUUUUAUACUUUCCCCAAACGCAGCUAUAUGCAUAGUAUAGGCAUUAAUAAACUAAAUGAUUAAACUUUGAUUACGAAAAUAAAACAGUUGCUUUGAAAAUAAUUAUUACGGAAGGAAGCUCUGGAAAUAAGCAAUUGCAUGAUUUUAAGAUGGUUUCGUCUAUAAAAAGUGAUCCUGGAAUAAUAUGUUUCCAGCAUUGUACUGCAAAAAUUUUUAGUUUUAGUUUACCAGUAAAAUGUCCAAUAUGUUAUAAUAAGUUAAUUGAAAUCAGUUGCAAAUUAAUGCCAUUCCGCGUACCAUACCCAUUCGUCAAAGCCGAAGAAUAUCCCUGUGCAAUAGUUUUGAGACCGACAAAUGGUGAUUUCUUAAACGACUACAAUAAUUCAAUGGAUUUACAUAUAGGGAUUACAAACUCAAAAGGAACUAUUUACGAAUUUGAUCGAGACGGGCUCCGAUUAACUUCCAAAGGAUUAACAACAUUAUAUGGAAACUCUACAAACAAUACACGGAUAGCAAAUUGCCUUUGGCAUCAAUCUCUUUUAGUAGAAAAUGCUUCAGAAGCAUGGCAUGAACAAUGGGACAUUAUUUUAGAAACGGUUUGCAGUUUAUCAUGUUGGAAUGCUGAUAACUACGAAGAGGAAACGUAUAAUUGUUACACAUUUGUUUUAAAAUUUAUUCAAUCUUUAAAAUACAACCGAAGUAUAUUUGAAGCUGCUAAAAGUAAAACGAAAUUUUGUGAACUUUACAUUAUCCCUAAAACUGUGACCGCUGGAAAAUAUAUAUCGUUAUAUAGGAAAAUACAAAAUAAUGGAGUAUAUGCAGAUCCUAUUAAAAGCUAACAAAUACUUGUAAUUUUUCUUAUAAAAAAAAUUUUAAAACAUC